AGCUACGUUUCUAUUAUUAUUCUCUUGUCUGUUUUAAAUUGAAGUACAUUUUGGGGGGUACCCUCUUCAUCGCCUCACUCAACUCUUUCUUUGCUUGUUCACGUUUAUUCAUACUGUUGUUGCUGUUUGUUAUUCUUUUUAUUAUUAUUGGCAGCAUCGUUGCCCGCUAGCCGUCUCAUUGAUUAUCAUUAGUACUUGACGCAGCUGCUGCGGUUUUUUCGAACUCGCCUCUUUCUUGUUUUCCAAUAUAUAUUUCUUGAAACCACAAAGAGUUAACUCCCCACCGCAACCACAGCAGAGAGAGAGUGUGUGUGUCUGCAGCGCUCCAUCAUGCAGUCCGGCACACCCAAGGCGAAGCCCGCCACUCCGCACGGAAGCGGCGGCGGCGGCGACGUCGAGUUCCAGCAGAAUCGUGAAGGCAACGAGCCGAAGGGAGCGGACGACGAGCACGAGGAGCCCUCCGGCUACCGCGAGCCGGAGCGGCACAGCGACAACGAACCGGCUGCCGGCCGCGUUGCUGAAGAACAGCAAGAAGGGGGAGCGACAGCCGCGGCGAAGCCAAACGAGCCCGUGGACGAAAUAACUGAAGAGGACAUGACGCGUGACUUCGAUGCGGAGGUGCUGGACCUGGCGAAAGACAAGUCGCUCAGUCGGAAGGAGCGCUCCAAGAAGAAGAAGGCGCUGUUGGCGCGGCAAGCCGUGGUGCAGAAGGAGAAGGAGCGCCGCGCCGUGAUUGAGCUGGACGCGAAGCUGCCGCGGCCGGACUGGUACACCAGCGACGACGACGAGGACUCCGUCUUCUCGGACGUGGAGAAGACGGAGGUGUCGGAGAUGAAGGCGCAGCCGCCGGAUGGGCAGGGGCAGCUGUUUCUGAUUCUCUACACCGUCCUUUCCUUCGUUGCCUUCGUCUUCCACCUCGCCAGCUCCUGCCCGAUUCCGUGGAUGCGCGGACACGGCCGGCAGUACGGCGUGUGGCGGGCGAAAGGCGGCGGCCUGCCGGUGCUGAAGGUAAACAACAUACACGACUGCUCCAACGAGAUGCAGUACUGGCAGGCCGCGGCGGCCCUCUCCGUCAUCUGCACCGUCGUCUCCUGCGGGGCGUGGAUCAGCGGUGUGCUGCUGUGCGUGAACAAGGGCCACAUGGGUGCCUCCUUUGCCCUCACCUUCUACUGCGCGGUCUUCUCCCUCGCCUCGUGGGCCCUCGUUGUCGCGCUGUACCACUACUUCCGCUGUGGCAAGGGCGUCUUGGCGAACAUCGGCGUCCACCUCGAUGCCGGCUUUGCGCUGACGCUGAUUGCGUGGGUCUUUCAUCUCGUCGCCUUCGCCCUGCUGGGUCUCCACUUCCUGCGCUACUGGACCCGCUCCGUGCACAGCGGGGAGAUGCACCCGAUGCGCUUCCUCUACGUGGCCUGUCUGCUCAUCACCAUGCUCUUCUACUGCGUCGGCAUGGCGUACAACAUGUGGAGCAAAGACUUCCCUCUCGUGAAGGCCUCCGUCACGAUGUGGCACAUCGAGGUUUACGACAAGACCACGCACCUCCACACCUUCUUGAACCGGCAGACAUACAAAUGCACCACCAUCACCCGCCGCAUGAAGGUGGUCGCUGCGUUUAUUAUUAUGAGUCUCAUUUGGAUGUUCUUCGCCACCAUCUUCGCCACCGGCGCGUGCUACGACGCCCGCUACAUCCCCAACUCGCUCUUCUUCGGCUACCUCUGCAGCGUGUUUGCCUUGGUUGGCUGGAUCACGCUCAUCGCAACGCGCCACGGACACCUCUGCACCGGGGCUACGCCGGCGGGUGCGUCGGCCUGGGUGGACCUCGGCUACAACGGAAUCCCCAGCGGCAUCGAGAACGCGCAGAUCAACUUUGACGGCUACAAGCUGAAGGAGGGCUUUGGCCUCUUGGUGGCGGGGUGGGCACUGAGCACCGUCGCCGUGGUGCUGAACACCUUCCUCCACAGCAGCUAA